UGAUGCUGAAACAUCAGAGAGGAGCUGUGACAGCAGUUAUGAACAUGAAUUUGUUUGUGCUGUUUCUGCUGUCAGGGCUUCUGUGCAGCGCUUCUGGUCUUUGGCGAAAGUAUCAGUACAUAAACAUAAGUAUGACAUGGGCUGAAGCUCAGAGUUACUGCAGAGUGAGAUACACUGAUCUGGCUACUGUAGACUCUAUAAAUGAUGUGAACAGGAUGCUGAACACAGUGAAUGAUGGGUACCGUGGAUCAGUGUGGAUUGGACUGAAGAGGGGGACACAGGAUCGUUGGGUUUGGUCUAAUGGAGAAAACACAUUCUCCCAGUACAGUAACUGGGCCACAGGACAGCCAAAUGGAAAUGAAUAUUGUGUGUGUAGCUUUAAUGGGUUUUGGCAUGAUAUGCCAUGUGACCGAGCUCUUUAUCAUAUUUGCUACAAUGAAAGUACAGGAUAUGUAAAAUUAUCGACUUCUAAAAACUGGACAGAUGCACAGAAUUACUGCAGACAGAAUCACACUGAUCUGGCCACGGUCCGCAGCUCUCAGGAGCAGAACCAGCUUGAUGCUCUUGGUGUAUCUGGUGUAUAUGUCUGGAUCGGUCUGUUCAUGGACUCGUGGCAGUGGUCUGACCAAUGGAGCCGCUUCUAUAGAAACUGGGCAGCAGGAUACACAUCUCGGACUUCAGGAUCUGGUGACUGUGUUGCCAUGACAACAGCUGACUCUGGGAAAUGGGUUCAGUACAGUUGUGAUAUACAGCGUCCUUUUAUCUGCCAUGGAGCGCCCAAACCUAUUUUUCGCCCGUAUCACUAUAUACAUAAGAAUAUGACAUGGGGAGAAGCUCAGAGUUACUGCAGAGUGAGAUACACUGAUCUGGCUACUGUAGACUCUAUAAAUGAUGUGAACAGGAUGCUGAAUACAGUGAAUGAUGGGUACCGUGGAUCAGUGUGGAUUGGACUGAAGAGGGGGACACAGGAUCGGUGGGUUUGGUCUAAUGGAGAAAACACAAUCUCACAGUUCAGUAACUGGUACACAGGACAGCCAAAUGGAAAUGAAUAUUGUGUGUUUACCUAUAAUGGGUUUUGGCAUGAUAUGCCAUGUGACCAAAAUCGAUAUAUUGUAUGCUACAACGAAAGUACUGGAUACGUCAAAUUAUUCACUCCUAAAAACUGGACAGAUGCACAGAGUUACUGCAGACAAUAUCACAGUGAUCUGGCCACGGUCCGCAGCUCUCAGGAGCAGAACCAGCUUGAUGCUAUUGGUGUAGCUGGGCAAUCGGUCUGGAUCGGUCUGUUCAUGGACUCGUGGCAGUGGUCUGACCAAUGGGACCGCUACUAUAGAAACUGGGCAGCAGGAUACACAUCUCGGACUUCAGGGUCUGGUGACUGUGUUGCCAUGACAACAGCUGACUCUGGGAAUUGGGUUCAGUACAGUUGUGAUCUACAGCGUCCUUUUAUCUGCCAUGGAGCGCCCAAACCUAUUUUUCGCCCGUAUCACUAUAUACAUAAGAAUAUGACAUGGGCUGAAGCUCAGAGUUACUGCAGAGUGAGAUACACUGAUCUGGCUACUGUAGACUCUAUAAAUGAUGUGAACAGGAUGCUGAACACAGUGAAUGAUGGGUACGGUGGAUCAGUGUGGAUUGGACUGAAGAGGGGGACACAGGAUCGGUGGGUUUGGUCUAAUGGAGAAAACACAUUCUCCCAGUUCAGUAACUGGUACACAGGACAGCCAAAUGGAAAUGAAUAUUGUGUGUUUAGCUAUAAUGGGUUUUGGCAUGAUAUGCCAUGUGACCAAAAUCGAUAUAUUGUAUGCUACAACGAAAGUACUGGAUACGUCAAAUUAUUCUCUCCUAAAAACUGGACAGAUGCACAGAGUUACUGCAGACAAUAUCACAGUGAUCUGGCCACGGUCCGCAGCUCUCAGGAGCAGAACCAGCUUGAUGCUAUUGGUGUAGCUGGGCAAUCGGUCUGGAUCGGUCUGUUCAUGGACUCGUGGCAGUGGUCUGACCAAUGGGACCGCUACUAUAGAAACUGGGCAGCAGGAUACACAUCUCGAACUUCAGGAUCUGGUGACUGUGUUGCCAUGACAACAACUGACUCUGGGAAAUGGGUUCAAUACAGCUGUGACCAGAAGUUACCCAUUAUCUGCUAUGGAGAAGACAAGCAGACGGUCAGAUCAAACGUAUCCUGUGAUCAAAGAUGCAGCUUGAAUGAUCCUGCAAUGCAGACAGCUAUUUUGAAUGAGAUCAAUGAAAAGUUGAACAGCUUGGGCCUGGAAAGCUACAAAAACAUCGCCUGGAUAAAGGAUUAAAGUGGAGAGAUUAAUUGUACAAUGACGUCAAACAUUACAUGUGAUGGGAACUAAUCUUCAAAGUAAAGGAAUAUAUGAAGAGCAUAGAUACAAGUGCUCCUGAGUUUUCUUUUAAAGUUUUCUUCUUAAUCUGAACUAUCCAACCGUGGCACUGGAUAAAAUCCUGCAGGACAAUAAAGAUAUGGUGCUUCUAUAAUAUUUAAUGGAUGCAUUUUUGCUGAUGCUAUGCGUUUAGCUUUAAAUUCAGUCAGAUUUAAUACGUAUUAAGUAUUUGUGUUUGUUUGCAAAAUGUGACUUUAAAUUUCAAUAAAAUAAUAAAAAAUUUAGUGUUUUUUUAUAUUUCAAUUCAUAACCAGUGCUUUAAGUGGCCCAAAA